AACGCCCUCAACCACAGCGCAAAAUUUGCAGACAGCCGGCUGCAGGAGCUCGAUCUGCGCUGCAGCUUACGGGGGAGGGCGAUUGAGACAGUGACUGACUCCUUUGCGGUUUCAACCGUUGUGGCAGGAGUGCGGCUUGUGCAAGCUGAGCCACACUCCGGGGCACACCGUUGAACCUUUACGCGGUGUUGUAGAAAGAGAUACCGUCCGCAGCGCUAUCCGGCGCCUUCACACCUGACACAAUCGGCACUCCUACUAGACACAGUAGAUAUGGCCGACGGAAAGACUGAGGUCAAUGUUGAUGCCAACACACGGCAGUGGAAUCUAGACCCUGGUGCUGAAUACAGGUUCGAGAUCGAUCCGGGUACCUCGUCAGCAAUCAAGCUCGUUUACGGACAAGCGGAAAUAUUCGGUGCCGAGCUUGCAGAGGGGAGCACAUAUCUGUUCGGCCUUGAAUGCAAGGCAGCUGUCUACACCUGGCAAGGUUGCACCAUUGAGAUGAGCCUCCCGUCUACGGAGUAUGUCUCCGACGAGACGCCAAUGCACGCAUACGCGAACGUGCACUUGGCGCUCGAGCAGAUGCGCGUGAGGGCUCUGCGUGCGGCGCACGGGUCCCCGCCGUCUUCGGACGACGAGGCAGAUGAUGCGAACCCAGACCCCCCGCGAGUACUGGUACUUGGGCCAGAUAACUCGGGCAAGACGACGGUGGCUAAGAUACUUGUCAAUUAUGCGGUGCGGACGGGCCAGGACUGGACCCCCAUGUUAGUGAACACGGAUCCAGGCGAGGGUGGCUGGGCCGUCCCCGGUGCGAUAGCAGCUGUGCCCGUAUCCUCUCCUAUCCAGACCUCCACACCAGCCACCACACUCGGCUGCGCUGCCUCUUCCGCCCCAACACACAUCUCCUCCAAUGCGCUCCUGCCGAUCGCGUACUGGUACGGCCAUGCGGAGACGAAGCGCAACCCGCUGCUCAUGGACCGGCUCAUCCGCAACUUGGGCGAGAACGUGUCGGAGCGUUGGGACCACGAUGUGGAGGGCAGAGCGUCGGGGCUGAUCGUGGACACGCCGAGCUCGUUUGCUGCGAGUUCGGGCGCGCAGAGCGAGCAUCGAAUCAACGUGAUCCUCGUUGUAGGACAUGAAAAACUCAAUGUGGAGAUGCAGCGGACAUACGGCAAUCGCAUGGCCGUUCUGAAGAUCCCUAAGUCUGGCGGAAGAUACCAGCUCCAGAACUACAUGUACGGAAAGGUCCUACGGCCGCCACCUGGCCUGUCGUCGACGACGUACCUACAGGGCGGCGAGCAGGCGGCAGAUCUCACGCUCAACCUCGCUCCGGUGUCGUCCAUCGUCAGCUUCAGCGACCUGACGAUAUACAGGAUCGGAGAGGAGACCAUGGCACCGACGUCUGCGUUGCCCAUCGGCGCCACGCGAGUGGUGUCAGAGAUGCAGCCUCUGUCGGUUGACCCGGCGCAGCCUGGCUCCGGUCUCUACAACGCGGUCUUGGCGCUCCUUGCGCCCCCGAACCCGGAUGAGUCCGAGAGGUACGACGAGGAGGUACUCGACCUGCCUGCUGUGGGCUUCCUUGUAGUGACUGCGCUAGACAUCCCGAACAAGAGGAUGACGAUACUGUCACCCAGCCAAGGGUCGCUGGUGGGUCGUACUGCGAUCGUCGGCUCGUUCGAGUGGCAAGAGUGAUGGGGAGAGGCUAUGCUGUUCUGCGCCGUGCCGUGCCGCCUAGUGGUUCGUGUGUGAUUGCUGUGUACUAUACUAAGCCAACAGGCCUUUGUAGAAGCGAGAGAAGUGCAACAGAG